AUGGAUCCCAACGACCAGAGCUCGCCCGCGGGGCCUGACGCUCCUGAUAAGGAAAAGAUGGAGCAGAUUCGGGCACGGCGUCUGGCCAAGCUGGGCAACCCGGUUGUCCCCAAGCCCGCAGAGAGCAAGCCCGCCGAGGCUGGCAGCUCGACAUCGACAUCACCAGCUCCCGCUCCCGAGGCCGACGACUCGAGCUCGAGCAAGACCAAAAUUACCAUCACACCGGCGGCCCAGCCGGCUUCAAACCCCUUUGCGCAGCUGGGCGUGAGGUCGAGCAGGCCGGCCGAGUCCGUGAGCCCUACACCUACAGCGCCGCCCCCGCGUAAAGCCACCCCCGUCCAGGCCGAAUCAGACGAAGACUAUGCCGACAGAGUGCUCAGCCAGAUCUUCCGCGUCACUGUCGACCCGCACCGGAUGACGAGCAACCAGGGCAACCACCGGCUGACGUUUCUCCCGAAUCUGAAUCAAGAGCUGAAUGAUUCUGGGGAGCCCCUGAAACUGUCUGUCAACAACCUGGAUCAGGCUAUUAUAGAGGCAUGCAGCGGCUGGGCUCCUGAUAAGCCGCUGAUGCAGUAUCUCCUCCCGUCUUGGAAGAGGGCUGUGAAGGCGGCUGCGGGGAACAAGCAAACGAGUGGCUUCAAGUUUGAGCUUCACGAGGAGUCGAAGCGCCUUUGCAUGAGCAACUGCCUUUUUGCUGUAACCAUGCCGGUGCUAUAUGGCCGCGAACCAAACCCAGAACAUGACACCAUUGCUCCUUAUCUCCUCAGGGGUCCCGUGGACGAGGGUGGAAUAUGCUUUGACUUCAUCAAGGAGGCAAUCAAGCGAUUUGAUGAUGAUGAAACAUUUCCCGCCAUCUUCAACGAUGCAAUGGUCAAGCUCAGUACACAGCUCGCCGGGUUGUCCAUGGGCGACGAGUACAAACCAUAUGUUCAGGCGCUGCAAACAUACGCACGAUUCCCUGUCCUGGUAUCUAAUCUUGCAAAGCAUGCUUGCUUCAAGCUCCCCCUAUCUCCUCACAGUAUCGAGAGAAAUACCAUCCUGGGCCCCUUCUUCCGUCUAUCCCCCUUACAACCAGAAGUGAUCAAGAGCUAUUUCCCUGGAUCGCGCACUCUAGACAAGGCGCGCAUUACUAAUGCACAAGACGCUCUGAGAAUGGUGCUGAGGACGCACCAGGAUGACUUAUUCGUUAUUACCAAUGCGUUUAUUCGGGCAGGGCCCGAUACAAGAAACCGUACACUAGACUGGUUUGCAUACAUUUUAAACACAAACCACAAGCGGAGAGCCAUCCAAGUUGAUCCCCGGGAGGUGGCUUCAGAUGGGUUUAUGAUGAACGUGACGACGAUUUUGGACCGAUUCUGCGAGCCCUUUAUGGAGAAUGAUUUCAGCAAAAUUGACAAGAUUGACGUACGAUAUUUCAGAAGACAGCCGCGUGUCGACAUCAGCGAUGAGACCAAACUCAACGCUGAUCAAGCUGCCGCCGAUAAAUAUUACGCAGAAAAGGAGGAUGGGGAGUCUAACUUCAUCUCCGAGGCCUUCUUCUUGACAUUGGCUGCUCAUCACUACGGCAGCGAGGCGCUCAACUCUCAGCUUAAGAACUUGGACCGCGAAAUUAAAUACCUGGAGAAGCACCUUAAAGCUAUGGAAGCCGAACGACCCAAGCUGGCGAAUGCUCCCCAUCAGUUGAGGCUGUUUGAGGAGACACUGAAACGCCACAACAAUGUAUUGGAGAAGACAAUAGCCCUCAAGUACUCGAUUGAGGGUGUUCUUCUUGACGAGAGGAUGCAGAGCACAUCUUUGCGGUUCAUGCGAUAUGUCACUGUGUGGUUGCUACGGAUUGCCACCGGAUCCGACUAUAAGCCGGGAACUGAGACUGAGACUAUCAAAUUACCCAUUGAGAUAGGACACUCUGAUGCCUUUGCAUAUCUCCCCGAGUAUACCCUUCAGAACAUCGUCGACAACUUCAAAUUCGUGUUCCGAUGGCUACCUACCAUCCUCCCUAGUGCAGUGGGCGAAGAAAUGAUUGCCCUGUGCAUCACAUUCCUUCGAUCUUCCGAACAGAUCAAAAACCCCUAUCUCAAGUCGUCACUGGUAUCUCUACUCUUCUCCGGCACCUGGCCGUUUAUGCAUCUCAAGAGAGGUGUCUUAGGUGACCAGCUCAUCUCCAUCAAAUUUGCCAACGACUACCUCCUGCACGCUCUGAUGAAAUUCUACAUUGAAUGCGAGUCCACGGGAGCCAACUCACAGUUCUACGACAAAUUCAACAUCCGAUACGAAAUCUUCCAGGUCAUCAAAUGCGUAUGGGUCAACGACGUCUACCGACAGCAGCUUAUCAAGGAAAGCAAGGUGAACCGAGGCUUCUUUGUCCAGUUUGUCAACAUGCUUUUGAACGAUACCACAUACGUCCUAGAUGAAGCAUUCACAAAAUUCCCCAAGAUGCGUACUCUCGAGCGCGAGCUCGAGGAUCGCAGCCUCUCUGCAGAGGACAGACAGAAGAAGGAUGAAGAGCUGCAGAACUUGGGAAGUCAAGCAACAUCCUACAUGCAGCUGGCCAACGAAACGCUCGAGAUGAUGAAGCUCUUCACUAAGACGUUGAGCGAAGCCUUUACUAUGCCCGAAAUUGUGUCGCGUCUGGCGAGCAUGUUGAACUACAAUCUUGAGACGCUGGCUGGCAAGAGGGCUGCUGCCGAGCUGAGCGUUUCUAACAGGGAAAAGUAUCACUUCCGGCCCAUCCAGCUGCUGUCCGACUUUGUCGAAAUUUACUUGAACCUUGGUGCAUCCAAGGUCUUUAUCGAGGCCGUCGCUGCGGAUGGCCGUUCAUACAAGGGAGAGGUCCUCGACCGCGUCUCGCGGAUCCUCUCGUCAAAGCACCAGAAGGACCCCGCAGACAUUGCCCGGUGGGACAAGCUCAAGGCCAAGUUUGCAGAGACCAAGGAGAUACAAGACCAGGCCGAGCUCGACUUGGGAGACAUUCCGCCCGAGUUUGAGGACCCCAUCAUGGGAGAGCUGAUGAAGGAUCCCGUGCUUCUGCCGAGCAGGCACAUUGUCGACCGGUCCACGAUUGUGCAGCAUUUGCUGAGCGAUCCAAAGGAUCCGUUUACAAGACAGCCCAUGACGAUUGAGGACGCUGUUCCCCAGACAGAGUUGAAGGAGAAAAUUGAGAAGUGGCGGCAGGAGAAGAUUCAGGCGUCCAAGGAUAAGCUUUCCACGACCACGGGGGGUGAUGCUAUGGACACUGCAGAGGGUUGA